UCUGUUGAUAAGAAAACCUCUCCCUCUCUCUCUCUCCCUCUCUCAAAGAUGCAACCUUGGAAAUGGGUAACUGGCCUUCUCCUUCUAAUCUCCUUUUCUUACUCUCUUCAUGCUCAGCCUUAUGAUUAUCCUACUGCAAAUCUCUCUACUCUGUGGAUAAACGACCCCUCUAUCAUUACCCAUAACGUGUCCUUUCUCGAUGGAUCUUCCGUGAGAUCCAUCCUUCUUAGAGGAAGCUUAGGUCCUCGUUUCGCUUGUGGUUUCUUCUGCAAUAGAACCAACGGUGCUUGUGAUUCAUUCCUUUUUGCCAUCUUUAUAGUCCAAACCAACAGUGUUUCUUACAUUACGAGCCCGGCGAUUGGAUUCCCUCAGGUAGUCUGGUCUGCAAACAGAAACAACCCCGUUAGAGAGAAUGCAACUCUGGAGCUGACCCAAGAAGGUGAUCUAGUCCUGCGUGAUGUAGAUGGUGCCAUGGUCUGGUCUACUAACACAUCUGGUAAAUCUGUCGUGGGCAUGAAUAUCUCAGAAACAGGUAAUCUGGUGCUCUUCAACAGAAAUAACAGUAUUGUUUGGCAGUCUUUUGAUUACCCGACGGACUCGUUGGUUCUUGGUCAGAAUUUGAUGGAGGGGCAAAGGCUAACAGCUAGUGUUUCGGUAUUGAAUUCUACUCAAAGCCUGUUAUCUCUUUCUGUUAUUGCCAAUGGAUUGUCAGCUUUUGUUGCAUCUGAUCCUCCACAAAUCUAUUACAAGCGCACGAGUAGUCGCACUAAAAAUAGCACCGAACCGAGCUACAUGAGAUUCAUGAAUGGAAGCUUCGCCUUUUUCACAUCAUCAUCCGAGCCAAGCCUUCAAGAUUUUGAUUUCACGGUGCCUCUGGCAUCAUCUGUUCAGUACAUGAAGUUGGAGUCUGAUGGGCAUCUGAGAGUAUAUGAAUGGGGAGCAGGAUGGAAGGUAGUAGCUGAUCUGAUCACUGGCUCUAUAUUAGGUGUUUGUGGUUAUCCCACCAUUUGUGGUGAUUAUGGGAUUUGCUCAAAUGGGCAAUGCAGUUGUCCUAGAGGAAUUGCUGGGGACUAUUUUACACAAUUGAAUGCGAGGCAACCCAAUCUCGGAUGUUCUGCGAUCACCCCAUUGUCUUGCCAAACUCCUCAAUAUCACCAUCUUCUAGAUCUUGCAGAUAUCUCUUAUUUCAAUUACGCUGAUGAUGAUGCUGCAGUUCUUAAAGGAACAGAUGCAGAGAGCUGCAGGGAUGCCUGCAUGAAGAACUGUUCUUGCAAAGCUGCUCUGUUUCAAUACGGUGGAAAUAGUUCUUAUGGGGACUGCUUCUUACCAUCCCGGCUGUUUUCAUUGAUAAACAACCAGCAGGAAGUAACCCAUUAUAAUUCUUCUGCAUUUAUCAAAGUGCAGAUUCCGCCGAUAGCUCCGAGCCCUAAUCCUUCAAAUGGAGCAAAUGCUCCUCUGUCUUUCGGAAAGAAAAAAAUCCGGACGGCAGUAAUAUUGGGCUCCAGCCUUGCAGCUGUGUUUGGUGCGUUUCUUCUAAUUUGCAUUUGUAUCAUGGUUUUGAGAAGGAAAAAUGGUGAAAGGGAAGAGGAAGAGGAAGAGGAUUUUUUUGAUCAAGUUCCAGGAAUGCCCAUGAGAUUCUCAUAUGAAAAUCUGAAAGCUGCCACUGGCAAUUUUUUCAACAAGCUUGGAGAAGGAGGAUUUGGGUCUGUCUUUGAAGGAACUCUAGAUGAUGGUACUAGAGUUGCGGUGAAGCGCUUGGAUGGCAUAGGUCAAGGGAAGAGAGAAUUUCUUGCAGAGGUUGAAACCAUUGGUAGCAUUCACCAUGUCAACAUGGCGAGACUGAUUGGCUUCUGUGCUGAGAAAUCCUACAGGCUUUUGGUUUAUGAGUAUAUGUGCAAUGGGUCCUUGGAUAAAUGGAUUUUCUUCCGUAAAUACCAAAAGCCUGCUCUUGAUUGGCAAACAAAAAGGAAAAUUAUAAUUGAUGUAGCCAAGGGACUCGCAUAUCUCCAUGAAGAAUGCCGACAGAGGAUUGCACAUUUAGACAUUAAACCCCAUAACAUUCUCCUAGAUGAAAACUUCAAUGCGAAGAUUUCUGAUUUUGGGUUGUCUAAGCUGAUUGAUAGAGACCAGAGCCAUGUAAUAACACGAAUGAGAGGGACUCCAGGGUACUUGGCUCCUGAAUGGUUGAGCUCAAAGAUCACAGAGAAAGUUGAUGUCUAUAGCUUUGGAGUUGUGGUUCUAGAGAUAGUGUGCGGGCGGAAGAACUUUGAUGAAUCUCAAUCUGAAGAAAGCAUUCAUCUACUCAGUCUGCUGAAAAGCAAAGCAGAGGAGGAUCGGCUGUUGGAUGUAAUCGACAAGCAGGACAAGGAUAUGCAAUCUCAUGGAGAAGAAACCAUGAAGAUGAUAAAGCUUGCAGUGUGGUGUUUACAGGGUGAUUUCACAAGAAGGCCCUCCAUGUCAAUGGUGGUGAAGGUUUUAGAAGGCGUGAUGGAUGUGGAACCUGGCCUCGACUAUAAUUUCUUAACUUCAACACGAACAGCAGCUCACAAGGAAGUUGAUUUGGGUGUUUCAGCUCCCCCCUUGGCAUCAGUUCUAUCUGGACCCAGAUGAAAUGUGAGUUCAGUAGAUAUGUAACAAGGAUUUUCCAUGAUUGAGUUCUGUUUGAUGUCAUGUAAAGCAAGUGUCUUGAGUUUGUAAUGUUUCCACCAAAAUGGAAUGAAUAAUUCUCAAAGGGCCGGGCAUGUUAUUUGAAAUGUUUCAUAGAUGUCGUUCAAGCUGUUCUAGUGCUUCAUCUUGUUGUGACGAAACACAAGCAAGCAUGAAUGUAAUCACACCCUUUAAUACAUAUACUACAUUUAUAGA